AUGAAAAGAAGGGAGUUCUUAUUAUUUUUCUUUUUAUUCAUAUUUUUAAAGUUAAACCAAACAACUAUUGUUGAAUCAGAAUAUAAAUGUUUAUAUAAUUUAUUAAGUAAAAUAUUAAACGUAUCAAAAAACUUUUAUAAAGAAUCUGAUGAUAGAUAUGCACUUUGUAAUACUGUUGAUAAAUCCUAUUUUCUUUGGGCACAAUGUUCUGAAGGUUUAGUUGAUGAUAUUGUGUUGCAUGGUGAUAAUGAAAGUACAAUAUUUUCAAACAAUGAUUUUAAUUGUUUUUCUUCUUUGCGAAAUAGUUUAAAUUCACGUUCUUCAGACGAAUCAUUAAUUGAUAUGGAUGUCAAUAUUAACAAAACAAUAGCAAUUAGAUUUUUAAGAAUUUAUCAAUUAACAAUUAAAAGUGACUUUAAUAUUUAUUUUUCAAAAUUUGUUAAUGUCAGAAUUUUUGAAAUUUACACACUCCAAUCAAACUAUCAAAUUAAUUAUUUUAAUGAUUUGGUUAACUUAGAAUGUAAUUUUUAUAUGGUUUCAUUUUCUUUAAAUAAUAUACCAUCAAUGAAUAAUAUACAAUCAAAUAAUUUGUAA